AUGUCAAGUAUGGCACCUGAAUUAAAACCCACGACGUUUGAAGAAAUCGACGAGAUUUACUCCACUCUCAACAAGACCUUCCGGUCGGGCAAAACUAAACCCGUUGCAUUCAGAAAGGUUCAGAUCCUGCAACUGGCUUACCUCCUGCAGGACAACCUUGAACGUUUCAAGGAGGCCCUUGCCAUUGACCUGGGGAGACCUCCUCUAGAAGCUUCAUUCCUCGAGCUUGACUCAACUAUCAGUGACUGUAAGAUCGCUUAUGACCGGGUGGACAAGUGGGCUCGAACCGAAAAAGCACCUUUCAACAUCAAAUUUGCUGCUUUCCGUCCAGCUAUUCGCAAGGAGCCAAAGGGUGUCGUGUUGUCCAUCAGCCCAUUCAACUACCCCGUAUGGCUUUCUCUUGGACCUGUCGUUGGAGCAAUUGCUGCUGGUAACUGUGUCGUUCUCAAACCCUCUGAAUUGUCCCCCGCUAUAAGCGGCCUCAUUGCGGAACUCAUUCCAAAGUAUAUGGACAAUGAUGUCAUUAGAAUCGUGUUGGGUGGUGUUCCAGAAACCACUAAGCUCAUGGAAUACCAAUGGGGCCACGUCCUGUACACCGGGAGCGGGCGUGUAGGAAAGCUUAUAGGCGUAGCCGCUGCGAAGACUCUUUCACCUAUCAGCCUCGAGCUCGGAGGGAAGUCCCCCGUUGUCAUCGAUCCUAAAUGUGACUUCAAGAUUGCUGCACGCCGUAUCCUGUGGGGCAAGUGCGCUAAUGCCGGUCAGACCUGCGUCGCACCAGACUACGUCCUCGUCCCGCGCUCUUCCGAAGACGCGUUCGUAAGGGCCCUCAAAGAUGUACACGACGAAUUUUAUCCUUCUGGCGCUACCACCACUCCGGAUCUCUCACGUAUCAUCAACCUCGCGCACUUCCAUCGUCUCAAGAAUUUGCUCGACAGUACUUCCGGCACCAUCGCCUUUGGCGGGCAGACUGACGAGUCGCGAAAAUUUAUAGCCCCUACCGUAGUCAAGGGUGUCAAAGAUGGAGAUUCUCUAAUGAGCGAUGAGUUAUUCGGGCCAAUCUUGCCUAUUAUGCCUGUGGACGAUGUCGAUGAAGCAAUCGCAUACAUCAAUGCUCACGACCAUCCGCUCGCUUUGUACUGUUUCUCGCCCGAUGCAGCCUUCAAGAACAAGGUGUUUGACAAUACUCAGAGUGGCUCAGCCGUCGCCAAUGAUGUGAUGGUACACUGCGCCACUGAUGGACUUCCAUUCGGUGGUAUUGGCCCCAGCGGAUCUGGGUAUCACACACGAGGUUUCUCUUUCGACAUGUUCACGCACCUACGUGCCUCUAUUGACUCCCCCGGAUGGAUUGACAAUGUCCUAGGAGCAAGGUUUCCCCCUUACACUUCCGGGAAAGUAGCUUCUCUCAAACGUCUCGGUGUCAAACUCCCGCCCCGUCCCCGCAUGUCGGCAAAUGGCCAUGGAUUCAUCGAGCGGAGGAGCAACACUAAAUGGCUCCUCCUGGUGAUAAGCCUAGCAGUAGUCGGCAUUGGUUACACACGUGCUGCAGAUGUUAGUGUGUGGGCGAGGUGGUUGAAGGGGUUGAUCAAGGUGUAG